AUGGUGAUGAUGUCAGCUAUCAUCACCAUGUCGUCAGGAGUCGUCAUCUCGGAGGUGGACAAAUUAAGCUGCCUAACCUGGUGGCCCACCGACUACUCCGACGCGACAUCCCUACAGACCGUCAUCCGACAAACUCAAGCUUCAAACGGAGGAAAUUUAUUUUUCGUCGGCAAGGCCAAGUUCUUCCAACGCAGCGAAAUCGCCUGCGAUAUCAGCGACGGCAGCGACAUCGAUGGGCACCUGCGGUUGCUGAGGGGCGUUUUCUUCGCAUUUGGCGGCAGCGGCAGCAAGCUGACGACACGUCAGCUCAUACUUCUUCUCCUGUGUUUCGCAGGAAAACCUGGGGAUUUUAAAAAAACAUGGAAGUGUGGACUGUGCAUAGGAGGCAAAAAAACGAACAAAGAAAGAAAAACGCCGAAAUCGGUAGUCGACUUCUCUUUACUGUUGCUGGAAAUAAGUAAUAAGCUCGAUACUCUGAUGACCUUGCCAAGCGUGAUCGGUGGACUCGAAAAGUCUGUACAAGUACUUUCAGAUACGUUUGACGACCUUCAAAGUCGUUUACUUGCGCAGGAGAAGUCCACUAAAGAACUGGCUAAGCGAGUAGACCUGCUAGAAAAAGUUUCCUCUCCAAACGAACUAGCUCAGCUCCGAUUUGAUUUGGAUAACCUCGAAAGACAGAGUCGUCGUCUAAACAUUGAAAUUCAUGGCAUCCCAGAAACACAAAAUGAAGACCUCAUGGGAAAAAUGAACAAAUUGGCAACAAAGCUGGAUAUUCCACCUGUAAACCGAAGUGACAUUGCAGCCUUGCAUAGACUCCCAGCAAAACCGGGCGAAACACGAGGCGUUAUCGUUCGCUUCACGUGUCAGGAGCUUCGCGAUUCUUGGCUUCAAAAAAGGCAGUCACUUAAGAAAGAAAAAGGCAACUUGUAUAUUUGUGAAAACAUGACUCGGCUCUCCCGCACUCUCUUGUCGAUGACGAAGGAAUGGGCGCAGAAAUCAGGAUACGCUUUUGUUUGGCAUGCGAAUGGGAAAGUGCUAGUCCGAAAAAAGAACGGUGAACGUGCAGUGGUAAGUUCGCGGUGA